UCUCCCUCCAUGUGGACGUCCCCUUCUUUUAUAACUCACUGGGUAGAUGUGUCAUCGUCAUCAGUAUCACUGAAUCUCUCGUACGUAGUGAAAGUGAAUGAAUUGGUGUGUUCCAGUUACCGCAUUAUACUAACUGUUGCAUCAAACGCUAAAAAAUGGCAGAAGCUACAGAUAAAGCUCUCGCAGGUAACGUCGCUUCAGAAAGCGUGCCUCAUCUCGAAGUAAUCGAUCGCGUAAAAAACAUUCCUGUUAUACACUCCGCACUUGAGAAAACGGAAUCCACGUAUUCCUAUCUGAAAGAUUCUCAUCAUUUAAUCAACUGGGCACUCACUAAUGCCGAAGCUGGACUUACUUAUGCCACUGCUACAGCUGCGCCGUUGGCGAAAAAAUUUGAAGGGCAAAUCACAGCUGUAGACAACAAAUUAUGCGAAGGCUUGAACAUAGUUGAACAAAAAGUGCCCAUGAUGACAAAACCACCAGAGCAGAUUUACGAUGCAGCUAAAGCCGUGAUGAGCACUUCUUUGCAACCAACAAUAGACAAACUUCAUGCUGCAAAAGAAUCAGCAACCCAACAAGCAUCUACACUCAAAGAUAUCAGUAUAAAGAAGGCGAACGAGUUGUUAAAUACAGAGUAUGGGACUAUGGCUGUACAAGGCGUGGAUAAUACGAGCGUUCUUAUUAAUGGUUUACUGAAUCGCUAUUUCCCUCCUGUUGAGGGCGAAGAACAUUUGCCAGUUCCUGUGUCGGCCGACGAGAACAAGGUUCUACACACGGUACAAACAAUUGGUCAAUUAUCGUCUAAGACUGCAAAUCGCGUGUACCAUUCGGUUGCAGCGCAAUUAAAGACUCUAAAGAAAGAGGAUGUUGCUCCAUAUAUAUCAAGCGUUAUAUCGAUUCUUCACUUAACGCAGUUCUUGAGUUUAGAUGAUAAACAGAACGAAAAUCAAGGAGAACAAUGUACAGCUGAUGAGAAAAAAGAGAAAAAGUAGGGUGACAAUACUUGUGGUCGUGUAAUAAUAGGACACCAUAUUUUUAUACGUAUUUCCUACAAUUGUUUACUAAACAUAUCAAAGUAGACAAUGUUUUUAUAUGUCAGACGUUGUGUAAAAUGUUAAAGAAGGGCAUUUAAUAAAACUAUAGUGAGUCACGAA